AAGAUUGUAAGAACACCAGAAAAAUCUCUCUCUAUCUCUCAAUUCUGUUUAUGUGUUUCUGUUUCUUGUUUAGGAUCAUUCGAAUCUUUAAUCCACUCUCUGGAUCUUCGUGUUGAUGAUUGUUGUUUCUUAGAAGAGCAAUGAGCAAUUAUUCAGCCGGACUCGGUAAGCCUGGCUCAGGUAAGAGGAGAAUAAGAGACCUUUUGAACCAACCUGAUAACCGAGUCUGUGCUGAUUGUAGCGCUCCUGAUCCUAAAUGGGCAUCAGCAAACAUCGGAGUAUUCAUUUGCUUAAAGUGUUGCGGUGUGCAUAGAAGCCUCGGUACUCAUAUCUCAAAGGUCCUGUCUGUGACGCUUGAUGAUUGGUCAGAUGAGGAAGUCGACUCCAUGAUUGAGAUUGGAGGAAAUGCUUCUGCUAAUUCAAUCUACGAAGCUUUUGUACCUGAAGGAAGCUCUAAGCCUGGUCCUGAUGUUAGUCAUGACCAGCGUAUGAGAUUCAUCAGGUCAAAGUAUGAACUCCAAGAGUUUCUGAAACCAAGCUUGAGGAUCACAUCAGGGAAAGCUGGCUCAACAAAGAAACCAUCUUUUCUUAAAUCAAAUCUUUCUACAAAAUUCAUGGAUAGUUUUCGAACAAAUUCAUCAUCAAAGAAGAUCUUUGAGGAAGGGAUGGUAGAGUUUAUUGGAUUGUUGAAGGUGACUGUCAAGAAAGGUACUAACUUAGCAAUCAGAGACAUGAUGUCGAGUGAUCCUUAUGUUGUAUUGAAUCUUGGGAAGCAAAAACUUCAAACAACAGUUGUGAAUAGUAACUUGAACCCGGUAUGGAAUCAAGAACUCAUGCUGUCUGUUCCUGAGAGCUAUGGUCCAGUUAAAUUGGAAGUGUAUGAUUAUGACACGUUCUCUGCUGAUGACAUAAUGGGAGAAGCUGAACUUGAUAUCCAGCCUCUGAUAACAUCUGCAAUGGCAUUUGGGGAUCCAGAGAUGUUUGGGGAUAUGCAGAUUGGGAAAUGGCUGAAGUCACAUGAUAAUCCGUUAAUAGAUGACAGCAUCAUUAACAUUGUUGAUGGGAAAGUGAAGCAGGAGGUUCAGAUCAAGCUUCAGAAUGUAGAGUCUGGAGAAUUAGAGCUGGAAAUGGAAUGGCUGCCACUUGACCAAUAAUAAUAAUGCAGUAGAUUCCAUUUUAUAUUUAAACACUUGAACAAUUUGCAAUACAUACAUUCAUUUGUGCCUCUGUUGGGACAAUUUUGGAACUUUGAUUACUUUCAUGUGUUUGUAAUACUUACAGAGUUACAGAUUUUGCUUUUGAUGGA